CCCAAGCCGGAGCCCCGCAGCGCUUCUUAUGAUCAGCUCGGUGUGUGUCUCCUCCUACCGCGGGCGCAAGUCGGGGAACAAGCCUCCGUCCAAAACAUGUCUGAAGGAGGAGAUGGCCAAGGGCGAGGCGUCGGAGAAGAUCAUCAUCAACGUGGGCGGCACGCGACAUGAGACCUACCGCAGCACCCUGCGCACCCUACCGGGCACCCGCCUUGCCUGGCUGGCGGAUCCCGACGGCGGGGGUCGGCCAGAAUCCGAUGGCGGCGGUGCAGGCAGCAGCGGCAGCAGCGGCGGCGGCGGCGGCGGCGGCGGGGGCUGUGAGUUCUUCUUUGAUCGACACCCGGGUGUUUUUGCCUAUGUGCUCAACUACUACCGUACGGGCAAGCUGCAUUGCCCCGCAGACGUGUGUGGGCCUCUCUUUGAGGAAGAGCUCACCUUCUGGGGUAUCGAUGAAACAGAUGUGGAACCCUGCUGCUGGAUGACCUACCGGCAGCACCGCGAUGCUGAGGAGGCACUGGACAUCUUCGAGAGCCCGGACGGGGGCGGGGGUGGCGCCGGGCCCGGCGACGAGGCUGGCGACGAUGAGCGGGAGUUGGCCUUGCAGCGCCUGGGCCCCCAUGAAGGAGGCUCUGGCCCUGGUGCCGGGUCCGGGGGGUGCCGUGGCUGGCAGCCCCGAAUGUGGGCGCUCUUCGAGGAUCCCUACUCAUCCCGGGCGGCCAGGGUGGUGGCCUUUGCCUCUCUCUUCUUCAUCUUGGUCUCCAUUACCACCUUCUGCCUGGAGACCCACGAGGCCUUCAACAUUGACCGAAAUGUGACGGAGAUCCACCGGGUAGGGAAUAUCACCAGCGUGCGCUUCCGGAGGGAGGUAGAAACAGAGCCCAUUCUUACCUACAUCGAGGGCGUGUGCGUGAUGUGGUUCACUCUAGAGUUCCUGGUUCGCAUUGUGUGCUGCCCCGAUACACUGGACUUUGUCAAGAACCUGCUCAACAUCAUUGACUUUGUGGCUAUCUUGCCCUUUUACCUGGAGGUGGGAUUGAGUGGCUUGUCAUCGAAGGCAGCUCGAGAUGUGCUGGGUUUCCUGCGUGUGGUGCGCUUUGUUCGCAUCCUGCGGAUCUUCAAGCUCACACGCCACUUUGUGGGGCUGCGUGUGCUAGGCCACACACUCCGAGCCAGCACCAACGAGUUCCUGUUGCUUAUCAUCUUCCUGGCCCUGGGUGUGCUCAUCUUCGCCACCAUGAUCUAUUACGCUGAACGAAUUGGGGCCAGGCCAUCUGACCCACGGGGCAAUGACCACACCGACUUCAAGAACAUCCCCAUUGGUUUCUGGUGGGCUGUGGUCACCAUGACAACGCUUGGCUAUGGGGACAUGUAUCCUAAGACGUGGUCAGGAAUGCUGGUGGGUGCGCUGUGUGCGCUGGCUGGUGUGCUGACCAUUGCCAUGCCCGUUCCUGUCAUCGUCAAUAACUUUGGUAUGUACUACUCCCUGGCUAUGGCCAAGCAGAAGCUGCCCAAGAAGCGAAAGAAGCACGUACCACGGCCACCCCAGCUUGAGUCACCCAUUUACUGCAAGUCUGAGGAGACUUCACCCCGGGACAGCACCUACAGUGAUACCAGCCCCCCUGCCCGGGAAGAGGGUGUGGUCGAGAGAAAACGGGCAGACUCUAAGCAAAAUGGCGAUGCUAAUGCGGUGCUGUCUGAUGAGGAGGGAGCUGGCCUCACCCAGCCCCUGGCCUCGGCCCCCACCCCUGAAGAACGUCGGGCCCUGAGACGCUCAGGCACACGAGACAGAAACAAGAAGGCAGCUGCCUGCUUCCUGCUUAGUGCUGGGGACUAUGCCUGUGCUGAUGGCAGUGUCCGGAAAGAAGGCAAUGUUGAACCGAAAGCGUGCGUCCCAGUGUCUCACACCUGUGCUCUUUAAACACAGAGACCUGCCAAGACGCCCUCUCGUCCAACUAUGCCCACGCUGAAGUCCUCACCCUCUCUUAGAGCGGCACCAACGUGAGAAAGACAGACAGACAGACAGAAAGCCAGAGGCUUAGGAAAACUCUGGAACCCAGACACGAAUCUUUUCCUGGGAAAGACUCAGUUAUCCUUGUUUGCACAAGACUGGUGGAAAAACCUCCCAUGCGACUCUCAGGGCCCAGAGCCAUCUGGGUCUGAUACUCUGUUCUACUGUACAUUGAAGAGACAUAUAUGCACAUAUAGUAUCUAUAUUCAUACAUACUAUAUACUCUUGUGUGUAGUGCACGUGCUACUGGUGGUCUGUCUUCAUCGUUAGGCUAUGUCUCCCAAGUCCUCUUCCCACCCUGUUUCCCCUCCACCUCUUCCUUCAUGGAUUGUUUCUUCUGACCAUGUGUAUGGGAUAUCCCAGGAAAAGUAUACCUGGGACCUGCCCCUCCAGCUGGGUGGUCCCAGGCUGCUCUCACUUGGGGAUGUUUCCUCUGCCAGCAGGUGGCCUGUUGAAGUCAGUUGAAGGCAAGAUUACCCUCCGGGGUCACUGCUUCACUAGCCCAGCCCCACCCCAGAUUGGGGUUCUACCUCCCACCCCACACCCCAGUUUGUGGGGUACUUCUAGGGGCUCUUUUGCAGCCUCUGUCACUCCUUCCAGCACUCCUUCUGUGUCCGUGACAGGAGGGAGUUUUCAUUUCUUUUGUGUGUCUCCUUUGUCCAUUUCUUUUCAAAGAUGCUGCUGGGCAGAUGGAAGGGGAUCUGUUUGCCCAUCUGGCUCAGGGGUCUAAGAAGGGGACACCUUGGGUGAGAGGAGACCAGUUGCAAUACUGUACUUCCUGGCCGGUGGCCAGAGGAUGCGUGCAAUAGCAGAGGCCGGGUGACCCCUUCAGCCUUGGCCUCUGCCCCUCCCUCGGCCCUUCCUGCCCACCCUUGGUAUUGGUCAGUCCUUUUCUAAGCUGUCCUCUUGUGUGUGUCUGAGGCACGCCUAGGCUGGGCCCACAGUGCCCUGUCUGCAUGCCCUCAACUGUCAUGCUGUGCUCGAGUACCAAUAAAGACAUCCGAGUGUCCUGCUGCUCCUCUGUGA